GCGCAGAAGACAAACGUCUCUUUCCGGUUUAGUGUUUGACGAAGGCAGACGAGAUGGCCGCACACAAAUCGUUCCGAAUCAAACAAAAGUUAGCUAAAAAGCUAAAGCAAAACAGAUCAGUUCCCCAAUGGGUUCGUUUGCGUACGGGCAAUACCAUUCGCUACAAUGCUAAGCGUCGUCACUGGAGGCGCACAAAGUUGAAGCUGUAAGCUUGUGGUAAAUUGCAUUGGCCACUGUUUUAAUGAGCAAGAAGAGUUCGGAAUACUAAAUAAAUUCUUGAAACAUAA